AUGGAGUCUGGGAGUGCUGAGCCUGGGAGUGCUACACCUGGAGGAGCUCUCUCCUCCGAGCAGCUGCGUGAGUGGUACUUACAGUACUGCAGCCUCAGGAGAGGUGCUUCUGGCGCUCGGAGCGCUGCUGGAGCUGGUGCUAGUGCUUCCACUCCUCGGCGGGCGCUGCCCUCUCCCCUGCAGCUCCGCGAGUGGUACGCUCGGCACUGCAGUCUCCGGAGUGGCGCUCCUCGCGUCGCGGACCCCGGUGCUGCUGCUGGAGCUGCUGGGGGUGCUGCUGGUCCUGGUGCUGCUGGUGCUGCUGGAGCUGCUGGAGGUACUGCUGGUGCUGCUGGAGCUGCUGGAGGUGUUGCUGGUGCUGGUGCUGCUGGAGCUGCUGGAGGUGUUGCUGGUGCUGGUGCUGCUGGAGCUGCAGGAGGUGCUGCUGCUGCUGCUGCUGGUGCUGCUGGAGCUGCUGGAGGUGUUGCUGGUGCUGGUGCUGCUGGAGCUGCAGGAGGUGCUGCUGCUGCUGGCGGUGCUGCUGGCGCUGCUGGAGGAGCUACUGGUGCUGGUGCUGCUGCUGCUGCUGGCGGUGCUGCUGGCGCUGCUGGAGGUGCUGCUGGUGCUGGUACUGCUGGUGCUGCUGGAGCUACUGGAGGUGUUUCUGGUGCUGGUGCUGCUGGAGGUGCUGCUGCUGCUGCAGCUGCUGGAGGUGCUGGUGCUGCUGGUGGUGCUGCUGGUGCUGGAGCUGCUGGAGCCGCUGGUCUUGGAGGUGCUCGUACUGGAGGUACUGGAGCUGCUGGGACUGGGCCUGCUGAGGGAGUUGGAGCUGGAGGUGCUGAGCGGCUGCGGCCGUACUACGUUCCGCUCCUUCAGCAGGUUCUUGGUCUCCCGCCCUCUCCUGGUCCUACUCCUCCUCCCCUACUGAGUCCACCACCUGUCCCGUCGCAGUCACAGUUACAGCCUGCCUCUCCACUGCCUGGUCCUUCUCCUUACACUGCGCCGACAGGUAGCUUUACGGAGCGUCGUGAGCCUGAGUCUCGUCCUCCGUCACCUGAGUCCAGUCCUCCGUCUUCUGAGUCUCGUCCAGAGUCGCCUGUCCGCACUGCCCGCACUGGUCAUCGUGCUCCACGUGAGCGUCCUCCUCCUAUCCUAGGCACUCACUAUAUGACCCUGCGUCCUUCCACUACUCCACAGCGCGUCCCUCUGCCGUCUCCUCCUGCGUCCUCUCUUCCUGACGUUGCCGACCCGCCGUCAGACCUUACUCGUGCUGCCAGUCCUACUGUCGCGCGUAUCCUUGCCACUAUUGUCACUGACCCUACCUUUGAGUCCUCUGCUGCAUCUGGUCUAGUCGCUGAGCUUGUUGACUUUGCUGCCGCCUGUCGUCUAGACUACGCAGCUAGCCUUGUCGCUGAGUCUGAGUCUGUCUGUCCUCAGUCCGUCGGGGGUGAGUGUGCUCUUGGCACGGACGUCCUUGAGGACAGACUGGAGGAGUUUGAGUGCUUUGCUGCUGCUUUACCUCAUCUCGUGUCCAUGCUGAUUGCCCCUGAGGGAGACCCGGAUGCACCAGACAUCCCGACCCCACGCUCCUACGCAGAGGCGAUGGAGGGUCUCUACUCCUCUCAGUGGCAGACAGCCAUGGACGCAGAGAUGGCUUCCUGGAAGUCCACAGGCACCUACGUUGAGGAGGUUCCCCCACCUGGGGCGAACAUCGUCAGUGGCAUGUGGAUUUUCAGGGUGAAGCGGCCGCCGGGUUCUCCGCCUGUCUUCAAGGCGCGUUACGUUGCACGAGGCUUCAGUCAGCGAGAGGGAGUUGACUUCUUUCAGACCUUCUCCCCGACCCCGAAGAUGACCACUCUUCGGGUUCUGCUGCACGUCGCUGCUCAGCGUGACUACGAGCUCCACUGCCUUGACUUCAGCACUGCGUUUCUACAGGGCACCCUGCACGAGGAGAUCUGGCUGCGCCGCCCACCUGGCUUCACUGGGUCGUUCCCUCCUGGUACCCAGUGGAGCCUCCGGCGGCCAGUCUACGGUCUCCGCCAGGCGCCCCGUGAGUGGCACGACACACUGAGGACUACUCUUGCUGCUCUUGGGUUUGCUCCUUCUACUGCUGACCCGUCGCUGUUUCUACGCACCGACACCACUCUGCCGCCGUUCUACGUUCUCGUGUACGUAGACGACUUGGUCUUUGCUACUGCUGACACUGAGGCACUCGCCCACGUGAAGUCGGAGCUGCAGAAGAGACACACGUGCACAGACCUGGGUGAGCUGACAAGCUAUCUUGGCUUGCGGAUCACCCGGGACAGAGCACAGCGCACCAUCACCUUGACUCAGUCACACAUGGUGCAGCAAGUCCUUCAGCGCUUCCGCUUCACGUACUCCUCGCCUCAGCCCACUCCUCUGCCUACCGGUCACUCGCUCUCAGCUCUGCCUUCGGAUGAGUCCGUAGAGCCGAGUGGCCCGUAUCCAGAGCUUGUGGGCUGCCUCAUGUACCUGAUGACCUGCACUCGACCUGACCUAGCCUACCCUCUUAGCAUCCUAGCACGCUAUGUCGCUCCUGGCCGUCACCGGAAGGAGCACAUGGAUGCAGCUAAGAGGGUGUUGCGCUACUUGUGCAGUACGUCGGGCAUGGGGCUUGUGCUUGGAGGACGGCGCGACGUUGUCCUCACUGGACACUCAGACGCUUCUUGGGCUGACGACCAGGCUACUCAGCGGUCGUCUCAGGGUUACUCCUUCAGCCUUGGCUCUGGCUCAGUUUCUUGGCGUUCUACACGCUCUUCCUCUGUUCUCAGCUCCAGUUGUGAGGCUGAGAUCUACGCCACAGCCAUGGCUGCCCAGGAGCUUCGCUGGCUCACCUACCUGCUGACCGACCUGGGAGAGCGGCCUCGUUCUCCUCCAGUGCUGUACGUCGACAACAAGGCCGCCCUUGCCUUGUGUCAGGAGCACAGACUGGAGCACAGAACGAAGCACAUCGCUCUGCGCUACUUCCUUGCUCGAGAGCUGCAGCAGCGUGGUCAGCUUCGUCUCUCUUACGUGGCCACUCGGGCCAACACUGCUGACGUGUUCACCAAGGCGCUUCAGCCUUGUGACCAUCAGCGUUUCUGUACUGUUCUAGGCCUUGUGCCUACUCUCCCUCACUUGCUCACUUCUUGA